GGGCGCGAGCGGUUAAAGCGCCUUCCGGAGGCCGCCGAACUGCGUUCCUUUCCCCAUCUGUAGCUUUCAGAGUGCCCUGAGAGGAUCAGAGAGGCCGCCGCCACUGCAGGGGCGUUUUCCUACAGCUUUCACCCCUCCCGGUGUCCAGCUACUCCGGCCCUUGCCCUUUAACCCUGCUUUCGCGGUGGGGUGAGAGGUCGGUGGCCAUCUUGUGGCGGCGGCGCGGGCGGCUGUUACUGCGGAGACCCAUCCCCCCACCCCCUUGCCCGCCUGGCUGUCUGUCAGUCAGUAAAGAGUCCCGCAGGCGGUCAGGUGAGGCCCCGGCCUCGUGCCGUCGCUCUUCCCGCCGCACUGGGCGGCCCAGGCCGCUCCCUGCCGGGCCUCACCGCCGCCACCAUGUCCUCCUUCUCGGAGUCGGCGCUGGAGAAGAAGCUCUCGGAGCUGAGCAACUCCCAGCAGAGCGUGCAGACCCUGUCCCUAUGGCUCAUCCACCACCGCAAGCAUGCGGGACCCAUCGUCUCGGUGUGGCACCGCGAGCUCCGCAAAGCCAAAUCAAAUAGGAAGCUUACUUUUUUAUACUUAGCAAAUGAUGUCAUCCAAAACAGUAAGCGGAAAGGACCUGAGUUCACUAGAGAAUUUGAAUCUGUCCUUGUGGAUGCUUUUUCUCAUGUUGCCAGAGAGGCAGAUGAAGGCUGUAAAAAACCUUUAGAAAGAUUGCUGAACAUCUGGCAAGAAAGAAGUGUGUAUGGCGGCGAGUUCAUACAGCAGCUGAAGCUGUCUAUGGAGGACUCCAAGAGCCCUCCCCCCAAAGCAACAGAGGAGAAGAAAUCUCUGAAACGAACUUUUCAGCAGAUACAAGAGGAGGAGGAUGACGACUACCCUGGAAGCUACUCUCCCCAAGAUCCCUCAGCAGGACCCCUGCUGACUGAGGAACUAAUCAAAGCUUUACAGGACCUGGAAAAUGCUGCCUCAGGGGAUGCUACCGUCCGACAGAAAAUUGCUUCUUUGCCCCAGGAAGUGCAAGAUGUUUCUCUCUUAGAAAAAAUAACAGACAAAGAGGCAGCUGAACGUCUUUCAAAAACGGUAGAUGAAGCAUGUCUGUUACUAGCAGAAUAUAACGGGCGCCUGGCAGCGGAACUUGAAGACCGGCGCCAGCUGGCUCGGAUGUUGGUGGAGUAUACCCAGAACCAGAAAGAUGUUUUGUCAGAAAAGGAGAAAAAACUAGAAGAAUACAAACAGAAGCUCGCUCGGGUGACCCAGGUCCGCAAGGAGCUGAAGUCCCACAUUCAGAGCUUGCCAGACCUCUCGCUGCUGCCCAAUGUCACGGGGGGCUUAGCCCCGCUGCCCUCUGCUGGUGACCUGUUUUCUACUGACUAGGGCAAGUGUCGUGCCCCCGAUUCCCAUCUCUACCAGCAGAAAGAAGAGGGCAGGUCACUGGGGAGCUGACCCUACAGCCCUGGCUCUGCCCCUCCUGCCCCCCCAGCUCCCCUCGGCCUCCCAGCCUUGAGAGAGAACCACAGACUGAUGCGCCUCGCCGGCCUCCCCGCUGAGCACAAUUCAGAACAGUGACGAGUGGAUAGUUGAAAAGAACACAGACUCCCACUUCGUGUUUUUAUGCCACUGUGGAUUUUCCAUCCGUAGCUCUCUCUUUACACCCAAGAAGUUAUGAAAAUCAUGUGUACUUCUGGAAGCUUUCAGAAGAAUCUUGUCCCUGAUGACAGCAUCGUGUCAUGAAAACAGCUUCUCCUGUCUGCGUUGGGCUUGAUCAAGUUCAAGUUCAAGCCAGGCUUCUCCUGAGGGACUCAUUCUGGAAUCGUUGGCUUUCAUGAUGACCAUCCACCCCAAAGGCUGGAGGCACAGCCCUGGAGCAGCUUUGCCACAAGGAGUUUGCCAAACCUGGUUCUCCCUUACUGUUACUUCCAGCGAUGUCCGGUCAGAGGUUAGAUGCAUUUGUUUUGUAAGCAGACUAGAGAAUCGAGCAAUAAGACUCAAAGCUGAUCUGGGACAUAAAGCCAGUUCACAGACAGUAACAGGGAUCACAAGUAUGAGUUCAAAAUCAGUUAUUGGCUUCAGGUUCCUACAAACAGCCUUCGCAGGCUACCUUUAUUGAGGGCUCUACCCCCAUCAUAGAGCACGCUCCUAAAAACACAAUCUUUUGACCAUAAUUGAUUGUGAAGGCGAUUGUUAGAAACAGCACUGGUGGGCCCCAAGAGCUAAAGGCAUACUGAGAGUCUGGGCUCUGCGUGGGUGUUGCUCUGACCCUUUCUUUGGGGAAGUCGGGCACACACCAACAUUUAGAUCGCUGUGUGGGUGCAUGUCCUCGGCAUGGUGACUGAACUUGAAUGUCCCCCUUGCAAAUCCGACACUGCACGUGUCCUUGUGCCCAUAGGAGGAGGAGUGCUUGCAUCAGAUGUCACUAAAUAGCUCCUCUCGGGCAGGGGAGGAGGGGAGUCAGGGAUAUUAAUUUGGGGUUUUAAUUCUGUUAUCAUGCCAGCUGACAUUACGACUACACAAUGUAGUUAGGACUUUUUCCUUGCUUUUAGUAAAGGCUAGGCCUGCUAACUAAAUCAUUCUAAUUUGGCAGGCUUAUUUCUGACAUUGGAAAGGGCAGAAAACAAUUUGCCCCAAUUGUGUAUUAGGAAUUGUAGCCCAGAGGCUGACAUCCAAAAGCUACGAAAGGAUUCGGCAGAGGGGGCCUCAGAAUCUCCCAUUAGUUUGAGUUGCUAUUUUCAGGAUUACCAAAAAGCCAGUUACAUGUAAUUUUACAUGUUAAACAUGUUAAAACAUAACCUGUGUUUUAAAAAGUGUAACAGGCGUCCCUUGAGGGAGCCCUCUUGCCUGCCACAAAGUGAGAAAAACAGAAAGUCAUAGCAGGUAUUCAGUUUUGUAGAACCUACUAGCAUUUAAGCUGUUUCAGAUUUAAAUACGGACUGUGUGUUGUUUGCUUAUUGACACUGCCUGUUGUCCUGUCACUAUUAAAUUAAUGAGUCUGUAUAUUAAAGUUUUUCUCCCAGAGGCCCUAGGGGAGUCAGUGACUUUACUACUAAAAUUGAAAGAUGAAUUCCAGUCUGUCGCAUUUCUGCGGAUAUACCCUCUCCCUGUGUGGCGUGCUGCUGUAGUCCUACAUAUGAGCUUGUUUCUCUACAGACCCGUGGACGUGCUUGAUGCUUUCACCAAGGAAGCAAAAUUUUACUAGCCACAAACCAACCAAAGGGUAUAAUAGAUGUUUGCUCCCAUCAGCUAGGUGAAAUGUUAUAACAUAAUGGAUUUCUCCCACUGCUAUGUUUUAUCUGAUUGAGUCUUUGACCAGCAAUUGGUACAUAAUUAUUAUUACAGCAACAGCAAGAAAUAAAACUGUAGCAAUUAUGUAAAUGAAUGUGUUGGCCUCUUAACACCUGUUACUAGUGGACUUCCUGUGAGGAAGUUAGUUUUGUUUUUUCUGUUUUUUAAUAAAAUGCUUUUGUUUUUAAAAUCUUAAUCCUCCCACAUCCUCCCCAAGUAUGCUUACUUCAUUUGUUUAAUUUAAGUCAACCUUUCUCCUUGUUGUAUGAGGUGAUCUGGCGGGGUGGGGUGGGUGGUUUUUGUUUUGUGUUUUUUCUUCUUAGGGCAUCCAUAGGGCAUCCACAGGCCUCAAAGGACCUUUCCUUUAGGUCAUAUUCCUCAAAGUCUUUAAUCUUCCCCCUUUUUUUCUUAAAGAAUAUUUUUAAAGCUUAAAUUUGUAUAUUAAUUUAGGACUUUAUUUAGAAGUAUAGGCUGUCAUUGGUGGCAGCAGUAUAUUCUGAAAUGUCUCAUAGAUAUAUAUUUUUGAAUAAAGAUGGUGUUGAAUGACA